CUAUCAUUUUCACGGGUGUUGCACAUGAAACAUUUGGCCCAAAACAAUUUCUGUCAUCUUCUGUAUUGGAGCGGGUUAUGUUCUUCCGGGGUAGAGUUCACAAAAUAUUGAUGGAGGCCGCGUGCGUGCAGUUGCAGUAUAAGUGUCUGUGAGUUGCAGUGGGUUUUAGUAAUGAACUGAGUGAUUUACCCAUCACGUUGGACACACACGACUCGCAGGAUGAAGGACACACCGUUGUCUAACUGUGAGCGGGACUUCUUGCUGAAAGCUAUCGAGGAGAAGAAGCGUGUGGAUGGACGGCAGACGUAUGACUACAGAAACAUAAAGAUCACAUUUGGGACUGACUAUGGAUGCUGCUUUGUGGAUCUGGGAAAGACCAGGGUCAUGGCCCAGGUGUCCUGUGAGCUGGUCACCCCUAAAGAGAACCGGCCAAAUGAAGGAAUCAUGUUCUUCAACAUAGAGCUGUCCCCCAUGGCGUCCCCCGCAUUCGAACUGGGCAGGCAGUCUGAGUUAUUAGUGAAGCUGAACAGACAGCUGGAGAGAUGCUUGAGGAACUCCAAGUGCAUCGACACAGAGUCGCUGUGUGUGGUGUCUGGAGAGAAGGUGUGGCAGAUCAGAGUGGACGUUCACAUGCUGAACCACGACGGGAACCUGAUGGACGCUGCCAGCGUAGCGGCCAUCACCGCGCUCUGCCACUUCAGGCGCCCUGACGUCGGCAUCCAAGGAGAUGAGGUCACCUUGUACAGUGUAGAGGAGAGAGACCCGAUUCCUCUGAGUAUCUACCACAUGCCUAUCUGUGUCAGCUUCGCCUUCUUCCAACAAGGAACCUACCUGCUGGUGGACCCGUGUGAGCGGGAGGAGCGGGUCAUGGACGGCUUGCUGAUGAUUGCCAUGAACAAACACAGAGAAAUCUGCUCCAUCCAGUCCAGCGGGGGCAUCAUGUUGCUAAAAGAACAGGUCUUAAGAUGCAGUAAGAUCGCCAGUGUCAAAGUGUCUGAGAUCACAGAGCUGAUCACCAAAGCCUUGGAGAACGACAAGAAAGCCAGGAAGGAGGGUGGCAGGUGUGGCUUCGCAGAGUCCAUGCCUCGUGAGCGGAUCACAGCGCUGAAAAUGGACGAGACUCCCGUGGAGAUGACAGACGUCAUGGAGAGAGCCAAUGACAUUGUCCAGAGAGGCGAGGCCCCGCCUCAGAUGGUGCCGUCUCCAGUGCUGCCUGCCCCAGGUAUGGGCCAGGUAGGGGAGGGGCUUCAGAACACCUGGGGACUGGAAGAGGAGGAGGAGGAGGAUGAUGAUGAUGAGGAGGAGGAGGAAGAGGAAGAGGAGGAAAAAGUGACAAUGAUGGAAGAAGAACCACGUGGGAAGGAGGAGAGCAGAGGAGGAGAUGUCGUCGUGAUAUCGGACAGCGAGGAGGAGGAGGUAGUCAUACUUCAUCCAGAAAUGACACAAGCUGCGGCCAAAAAUGCAGGAUCCAGUUCUGGCCAAAAGGGGGCAGCAACAUCCAAGAAAAAAACAAAAAAAUGAAGCUGAGGCAUUUGAGAUUGCAGUCACCUAAAGAGCCUGGGACAGUGACUCUGAUUCAUGCUUUAUGAGGAUCUCAAUUUAAAAAGCCAAAUGAAAUCUAUAUUUUUGUAGAAGUGGUGGUUAUUACAUUGACUUCCUCCUCAUGGUAGGAUUUUGUGCUCGGACCAAGACAACUCCCAUUCUCUGGGUAUCACAAAAAGCAAUACGUCCUGGAACCAGAACAACUUUCAGCGUCCAGUUGAUCUUCAUGGCAUGGAAAAGGAUCGUUGUGCUUGUGCAUAUUUACAGUGAGAAGUUUUCCACUUGUUCAUAGCCCUUUGAAUUGACAUGCUGACCAUGGUCUGAUUUUACUUAGAAACAGAUGGUGCAUGGAAAAUCACGCAACGUACUUCCCUUUCAACAAAGAAAAAUAUUACAAAGCACUGAUUUAAGAGCAGUAUCGCAGCUGGUAGAAGCACGGAAAAGUUUCUAGGAAUAAUUGAUAUGUGGUGUGGAUUCACUGUUUUUUACAUUGUACACUGUGAAUACAAUUCUAAUUAAAAUCUUUCUCAACAAAACUGACCAUUGUUAUGGAUUAGAGAAAAAAAAAUAUCUUGUGGGUGCUUAGUAGAGUUAGUCUCAAUUAGCCUUUAAAAGAAAGUAAAGAAGGUAGGCUUAUUUUAGAGAUAAAUUCUGCUAGGUGUUUUGUUUUGUUUAUAGGCAACA